AUGUGGGGGAUGAGGAGAGGAGGUGGGGGGGUGGCCGCAGCGUCCCCUCUUACUAACCCCCACAUCCCCACCCCCAAUCAACCAACCCCCUUUAACCUCACCCCCCAUGUCAACCGCCCCUUAGAACCGCUCUCCCUCCCCCCCUUUCUUUCUCCAGACCCCUCCCCACCCACGACGAUCCCUGUACAGUCCUUCACAGGUGGGGCUGCUGGUCACAGGUGGGGCUGCUGGUCACAGGUGGGGCUGCUGGUCACAGGUGGGGCUGCUGGUCACAGGUGGGGCUGCUGGUCACAGGUGGGGCUGCUGGUCACAGGUGGGGCUGCUGGUCACAGGUGGGGCUGCUGGUCACAGGUGGCUGGUGCUGGCGUGACGGCGCUGGCCGGUGCUGGUGGUGGUGAAUGGCUGCUGGUACUGGUGCCUGGUGCUGGCGGCUGGCGCUGGUCCUGGUGCCUGGUGCUGGCGGCUGGCACUGGUCCUGGUGCUGGUGGUGGUGACUGGCUUCGGUGCUGGUGCUGGUACUGGUGCCUGGUGCUGGCGGCUGGUGCUGGUCCUGGUGCCUGGUGCUGGCGGCUGGCGCUGGUCCUGGUGCUGGUGGUGGUGACUGGCUUCGGUGCUGGUGCUGGUACUGGUGCCUGGUGCUGGCGGCUGGCGCUGGUCCUGCAUUCCGCCGCCACUCCCUUCCCACUUUCCCUCUCCCCCCCACAGUGUUCCGCCGCCAAUCCCUUCCCCUCCUCCCUCUCCCACCCACAGCGACCACCGCUGCACACGCGAACAGUCGCAACGGGGGGGGGUGACGAGCAGGGGGGCGGGGGAAUGCGACGGGCGGAGCGAGGCGACGGGAAGGAAGAAAACGGGACGGGGGGGAAAGGGCCGCGACGACUGCCACCGUUGCCGUCCCCUUCAUUCCCAAUGCCGUCCCCCCCCCCCUUCCCCACUCUCGCACAAACUCGGCAGCAGGCGUAG